AGUACUUCGUAUGUAGUAUGUAUCUUAUUUUAAAUAUUUUCUCCAUCUAAUAAAAUUUCAAACAAUUUAAUUUUACAACAUUUUAGAAAAUUGUUAAAAAGUAAAAUGUGUUUGACUAUAAUUUGUUGGGAAUAGUUUUUUGCUUUUUGUUUAUUUGAAUCAAUGGUUGACAUUUUUUAAUGGACAAAUCAAAAUAAAAUCCUCAUAAAAAAAAGUGGAUUUCAAAUUUUUCUACCCAAUAAAACUAGCGUCUCUUUUAUUGCCUCCAAAAGAUUUUUUUAAAAUUAAUACUCCGAAAUUAUUUUCUAUAUACGGAGUUCAUAUAUAUAAUCACAUACAUGCCAGAAGAACCGAGUUGCCAUUGCCAUAUAUACCAAGAAUCUCUUUGCCAUUCUUUCUUCUUCUUCUUUCUUGAAAAUGGCGACGACGGCCCAAUCUCGGCGCUCUUCGUCGGCUUCCAAUGCUGCGGCCAAGAGGCAAGCGGCGGCGGCGGCGGAGAAGGAGAGCCGCCACGGGAAACCCGCGGCGGCCGCGGAGCACCGCCUGGCCCAUAAGCGACCCGCCUUGUCCAACAUCACCAACCAGGCUCCGCCGCGAGCCGCCUUUUCACAGUCGUCAGGCACUGCACCCUGCACAUCCAAGAGUGUCUGCAUCAAGAAGGGCUCUUCAACUUUUACAGCCAAUCCAGGAUUCCAUGGAGCUUCUUCCGUGGCUCCAUCUUCUACCUUUGUUAAACCCAGCAUUGUCCCCACUAAGGGCACAUCUGCAAUUGUUUGUGACCCAAACCUCACGAAGCCCACCUUGCCUCCUGUUCUGGUCAGCAUCGACACCUCUCCUGCACAGUCAGAUGAAUCCAUGUCUCCUUGUGACUCACUGAGAAGUCCAGAUGUUGAGUAUCUUGAUGACAAUGAAGCUGCAGGGAUACACUCCAUUGAGAAGAAGACAUCAUCUGCACUCUUCAUUUCAAAGCCAGAAGAGUCUGCAGGACGCUUGUUAUGCAAGAGAGACAUAAUUGCAGAUAUAGAAUCAAGGGAUGAUGGAAUUCGCGACAUCGAUGACAAUCUUGAUGACCCUCAACUCUGUGCUUCCAUUGCCUGUGAUAUCUACAAGCACUUGCGAGCAUCUGAGUCCAAGAAAAGACCGUCCACAGAUUUUAUGGAGAAGGUUCAGAAAGACAUCAAUGCCAGCAUGCGAGCAAUCUUGAUCGAUUGGUUGGUUGAGGUUGCUGAGGAGUACCGGCUUGUCCCGGACACGUUAUACCUGACCGUGAACUACAUUGACCGCUAUCUUUCCGGUAAUCCAAUGGACAGGCAGCGGUUGCAACUGUUGGGUGUCGCUUGCAUGAUGAUUGCAUCUAAAUAUGAAGAGAUAUGUGCUCCUCAGGUGGAGGAGUUCUGCUACAUCACUGACAACACAUACUUCAAAGAGGAGGUCUUGCAAAUGGAAUCUGCUGUUUUAGGCUACCUGAAAUUUGAAAUGACAGCCCCCACAACAAAAUGCUUCUUGAGGAGGUUCGUUCGUGCCACUCAAGGAUCCAAUGAGGCAUUGUCACUGCAGUUGGAUCACUUGGCCAGCUACCUUGCCGAGCUAUCUCUCCUAGCGUACGACAUGCUUCGUUAUGCGCCAUCGCUCAUUGCCGCUUCGGCUAUUUUUCUUGCCAGAUUCAUGCUCUUCCCUUCCAAGAAUCCCUGGAAUUCUACGCUGAGGCACUACACCCGCUACCAGCCUUCCGAUUUGCGCAACUGUGUGAUGGCCCUCCACAGCCUAUGCUGCAACAGCCACCACUCCAGCAGUUUGCCUGCCAUCAGGGAAAAAUACAGCCAGCACAAGUAUAAAUUUGCGGCGAAGAAGUUCUGCCCUUCUUUGAUUCCGUGCGAGUUCUUCCAGGACGACAACACAAGUAGCAGCAGCUGAUUGAGGAGAUCAUAAGAGAGUUUCUUGUGGUUAGUAGUUAGGCAGAGUUGAUGAUGUAUAUCCAUGAAAUGAGCUUGAUGUGCUGUGGGUAAAAAUUGGUAUAUCUUGAAAUGAGCUUGCAGCACAUUUCCAGUUUUGCCCUUUUCAGCACCACCCUUUUGUAUAGAGAAACUCAGGUGUAGUUUGAGACUUUGAGCUAGUUGCAGUGUCAAAGCAACUCAGGCGAUUUCGUCGUCAAUGUAGAGUAAAAAACCAAUCCUUUUGUGUUCGUUUCCGUCGCGAUGUUGUAAGAAAACACAAGGAAGAUG